CAAAUACAACGUUGCGUGCAUGGACGCAAUUUUCUUGAUACUGUACACCCAGUCGCCGUACGCAUAUCCAUCCUUAAGCUGUUGAAAAAAUAAUGGUGAUUAUAGUUAGUCGUUGAGUAUCGUUCAGUAUUUCAUCUAGGUAAAAUUUGAUAUCGGAAGCAGUAAUAUUGUUCAAUAUUUUGCAACAAGUUCAGGUGAGGUCAAAAUCCAGGGUCCCAAGCCUCCCGGAAUUCACAGAGUCUCCCGGAAGUCAGGGAACCUCCCUCACAUUCCUGUGAGCAAGCAAGAAUCUCCCGAAAAUAUCAAGUUUUGAUUUGGAGUGAGACUAGCCACAGUGUUUGAUCAUGCAUGAAGAGACGUAUAUCAGUAAGAUGCGUCUUAGUAGAGAUGAGGUCAUUGGAAUGUUGUUCCGUCUGACACUACUUGGCGCUUGCACAUACUUCGGAGUUAAGUGGAUUGUAAAUGCUAUGGAUCCCACUAAGAAGCAAAAAGAUGAAGCACAGAAGGAGGCUAAAAAGUUGAUGAUGAGAAUUGGAGUGCAAAAUGUGACCUUAUCAGAGUAUGAAAUGUCAAUAGCAGCCCAGCUCUUGGAUCCAAGCACGCUACGGACCACGUGGGACGAUAUUGGCGGCCUGGACGAUGUGAUAGAUGAAGUGAAGCACAUGGUUAUUCUACCGUUACAGAAGAGGCAUUUAUUCUCAAACUCCUCAUUACUUAGCCCACCAAAAGGUGUGCUACUCCACGGCCCACCUGGGUGCGGUAAGACAAUGAUCGCUAGGGCCAUUGCCCGUGAAUCUGGUUGCCGGUUUAUAAAUUUGCAGGCAUCAGGUCUUACUGACAAAUGGUACGGAGAAUCGCAGAAAUUGUCCGGUGCAGUUUUUUCAUUAGCUAUGAAAAUUCAACCUUGUAUUAUUUUCAUUGAUGAGAUUGACUCUUUCCUUCGGAAUCGUGCGGCACAAGACCAUGAGGCCACAGCCAUGAUGAAAGCGCAGUUCAUGACAUUAUGGGAUGGAAUUGCAACAGACCCACAGUGUCAGGUGAUGGUGAUGGGUGCUACCAACCGUCCUCAAGAUGUCGAUGCUGCAAUACUUAGAAGAAUGCCAAGCGUUUUCUGUGUGCAAUUACCAAACAAACGUGCAAGGAAAAAUAUUCUAGACAUUAUAUUAGAUAGUGAAGAUAAAAGUGAAGAUAUUGACACAGAUAAGCUAGCACAGGAGACGGAGAAAUUUUCAGGCAGUGAUCUGAAGGAACUGUGUAGAGCAGCCUCUGUGUACAGAGUGCAGGAUUAUGCAAAAGAUAACAAGAGUGAUGUCCCUGAUGGGUCAGAUUGGCUGCGUCCUCUAAAGAUGGCUGAUUUAUCAAAGGCUCUGACUAAAAUGAAGGGUGCUAAAUCCAUGGCUCCAAUUCCAGACUUAGAUUAAAGAUUGUACCAGGGAGUUUAGGCCUACAACUCCCUGGUUGUACCGUUCUUUGCUGCGAUGUGUGGUAGGACUUGUGUUUGACUUACAAGAACAGGAAGAUUUUGUGAACAAUGAGAUUUUGCCCUUGUGGUUGAUUAACAGGAUGGCCAUUACUAUAAAAGAGGAGAAUAUAUACUGUCUACAUUAUAUGGAAACCCUUUUGCACAAUUUCAACAUACAAGCACAUUAAAAUGUACUUUUUCUACAGAAAUCAAUACCAAUCUCCACCAAGAAAAACUGCUCAACCAUACCACCAAACAAGAAUCCUGAUAAUCUAUGCUGUACAUUCAAGCAGCUGAAACAUACCACUGUGUGUGGGGGGAGUGUGUGUGAGGGCACUGGUGUGAAGGGUGCAAGUGUGAAGGGUACGAAUGUGAGGUGUGCAGGUGUGGGUGUGUGUGAAUUGCGUGGGUGUGCUUGCAAUCAGGUAUAUGCUAAGCAGAUACCAACACAGGACAAAAGCAUUCCAAGAAUUAAGGUGAACGUACAAAGAGGAUUGAUUGAACCAACAAUACAAAGCUUUCAUUUUCUUAUAGUGAUUAUUUGAAACAUAGUCAGUCAGUGGAAGACUUAUAUAGAGUUUGUACAAAGUUUUAAACUGAAUAUAGAUACUUUGUAAUAUAGAUUGUUUAAAUCUCAGUUCAACUUAUCUUGGUUUUCCUCGUUUAAUCCUGACAGUUUUACUUUUAUUUAUUGUAUGUUGAAGUACAUAAUUAUGAGUGCAAAACAUAUAAAGAAACAAAUAAUUUUCAGUUGUCUGGUGAAAUUUAAUGUUGACUAUUUUAAAGUCAGGCUCCGGAGGAAAACAAUUUUUUUAUAUGUUGUAGAACUGAUUUUUCUAAGACAGAAAAAAGUUGUUUG